AUGUUCCCAGCUUGCCUGGUGUCCCGCGUGGCGAGCCAGGCCAAGAAGCUGGGCGUCAGGCCUGGCUGGAAGAUCCACGAGAUCGACGGCCACUCCGUCAGCAGCGACGAGGACAUCUUCCUGCGGCUGCAGGAGGCCAAAUGGCAGUGGCGGAGCUGCUUCGUCUGGUUCGUAACAGACAUGGCCGCGAUCCGGGCUGAGCAGGCGCGGCAGAGGCAGGCCUCGAUCCAGGCCGAGAUGGAGAGGCUGGCCAAGCUGCCGUUCGAGGGCGCCCACGACAAGGGCCACCAGAUCCAGUUGCGCGAG